AUGAAUUUGCUCUGGCUCAUUCGACUACUAAUCGUCCUGGAUUAUAUUUUGUGUUGCGCUGGCACCGACUCGAUCGCCUACUGCCUUGCCGAGUCGGCCUGGGGACCGUGGCGGUGUCCGGGUGUGUCCGAUCGCUGCACCGCCCCGAUAGCCACGCGCUACAAGUGUCCGGAAGGGGACUGUGUUGCGGGAAGUCAGUGCACCUCGAUACAGGGCUUUAAGGAAACCAGGCCCUGCUUCGAAAUCCUCUCCCGUGGGGAGUGUAAACCAUAUUGGGGUCAAUGGACGUCCUGGUCCUCCUGCUCAGCUACCUGCGGCGUAUCUGAACGAACGCGCUACCGGGCCUGUUCCGGUGUCUUCACGGCAAGCUCUCUAGCUGGAACCUGCGCAGACCCGUCCAGGGCGGCCGAUGGCCUGGAAAAGCGCGACUGCCCCCUGAGACGCAUCUGUCCGCGCAUCGCUGGGGGCUGGGGCGAGUGGGGCGACUACUCGACCUGCGAUGCGACUUGUGGCAGGGGCACCAGGAGGAGGAUACGCCUGUGCAAUCGUCCCCUGCCUCAAGGAGGUGGCGUUCCGUGUCAAGGUGUUGACACCCAGCAGGAAAACAAUCUCGGUGUGUUGGCUAGGCUUUGA